AUGUUUAAUCUCAGAAAGGCCUUCCUCUUCCCCUCAUCGGGAGCUGCUGAUGAGAAUCCGACUCUUUGCGCAGAAAAGCCACGGGUGUACCAGGGCGUCCGGGUGAAGACCACGGUCAAAGAGCUGCUGCAGAAGCACAGAGCAAAGGAGGCCAGCAGAAAACCCCAACCGGUUUACUUCGAGCAAAAGGAACUUUGUCUCUCCGUGCCCCAAAGCCGUCACGAGGACCCUCCUCCUGCCUCCCCUCCGGCGGAUAUGAGCUCUCGAGUCCCGCAGCUGCGCGCGCCCUCCCUCCCUGUCACUAAGAGCUCGUGCAGCCUGCACAUGCAUGCGAGCGCGUUCAGCGACCCCCAGCAGCACCAUUUCGGGGACUUGAUGUUGCCCAGCAACGACUACAGUUUCAGUUCCAGAGGAGCCAUGGACUACAACUCCCUGCCUGCUCAGCCCACAUCUUCCCCGCUGCCCUGGAGUCACGCAAUCUCCUCAGACGUGGAUUAUUACGGCCAAGGGAUGGCAGCCUGCUCCUCGUCAGAGUCCCUGACAUUCUACACCCCCCUGGAUCCCAACAGCUACUCCCCGCAGGACUCAUUUUCUUCUUCCUCCUCGUCUUGCUAUGAUUCACCCACCAGGAUGGAGACCACCUUCCACGGCUUCCUCUCAAAACGCUACCCGUAUCAGUUCUGCAGCCCCCAUCAGGACAAUAUGGCUGGCUGCUGGCCAGCCCAGCCGGAGAGCACCCCCCUCGAUGAGUACACCCCCUACUACCCCCCCACAGAUUACCCCUACAUCCAGCCUGUGGAGGAGAGCUACUUCAGGAAGGAUUUCCCUCAGGGCUCUGAAAUGUGUUACAAUAUUCUAUGAUGAGGAGUUCCAGCAGUAUUACAUUGAAUCCUGUCUGUAUAUUGUUGUAUACACUACUUUUUGGGGAUUUUGUCUGCAAAAAGACAAAAUCUUACCAAGUAAUUUUGUUCUAGUUUCUAUUGAAAAUACCCCAGUACCCUUGCAAUAAGACAAAACCAACUGAAAAUGAAUUUUUCAGCAAAAAUAUGAUUGUUUCAAGUCAAUAAUUUCUUAAUGUUGAUGAAAAAGUACCAGUUCCAUUGGAAGAUUACUUCACUUAUAGCAUGACAUUUUUCCAUAAGUGAAAUAAUCUACCAGUGAAACUAGCAUUUUUCACUAAUAUUAAGAAUUUAUUCACUUAAAGCAACGUACAGAAACCUGAGACAAACUGCUUCACCUCCUCCUAUUUCUUGCUGAAAAAUUCAUUUUAAAUUGGUUUUGUCUUAUUGCAAGGAUAGUAGGAUAUUUUCAAUAGAAACUAGAACAAAAUUACUUGGUAAGAUUCUGUGUUCUUGCUCUGUAAAUGUGACUCCCCUGGUCUACUCAGCUGGACUGUUUGUUUUGAUGGUCUGCUUUGCAUUUCAGUUUGUUCUCUGACCGCCGGACGCUGCGCUGGAGUGGCUGAUGAUUGUUUAAUGGAUACACAGACAGAUAUUUUUCUAUAAUUGUUUUUUACAACCUUGAUUUAUCUUUGUACACAUGAUUGUUAUUAUUCACAAUAAAAAAGGUUAGAAGAAUAAAA